GAAAAGUUAUAGAGCUUGAUUAUAGGAGAAUAUCACGCUUCGUUUUCACCUCGGGUGUAAAAAAACCAACCUUUGACCUUUAUCAUGCGAUUUUCAAUUUCUCUUGUCAGUGUGGCAAGUGCCAUUAUGCUGACGGUACAAGGCGCGCCAUCGACUGUAGAGGAUAAAAGUUAUACAAUGGUGCUUGAACAACGUGUAGGUAAAGUAUGGAACACACCUGCCAGAGUCAAUCAUGUCCUUGCCAAAUAUGGUAUCAUGGAUGAUGAGACCAAACUCGACGCUGCUGCUGAAGUGGAACUGGAGAGUGCUUUUGUGGAUGUUGAGUAUUUAGGCAAGAUUGGUGUAGGCACUCCUCCUCAAUACUUCAAUAUGGACUUGGAUACCGGAAGUGCUGAUAUUUGGAUCCCUGCCAAGGAAUGUCCAACUUGUGGAAAUCGCCAACUCUUUGACUCUGCAGCUUCUUCUACAUUUGAAAAUGUUAACAAAACUUGGUCGUUACGGUAUGCAGAUGGAUCGAGUGUAAUCGGUUUGACUGCCAGGGACACGGUGGAAGUAGGUGAUGUGAAACAUGCAAAUCAAAUCAUUGGCUUGGCACAUACUGAAACGGAAGAUUUUGCACGCGACCAGAAUUUGGAUGGUAUCUUUGGUUUGGCAUUCCCGUCGUUAUCUUUCACAGGUCAAAAACAAUCUAUUGUUGAAAGUAUGUAUGAAGCUGGGGAAAUUGAACAACCUAUUGUGGGUAUCUAUUUGGGUCGUGUUCGUGAUGGUGGAAAAGGUGAAGCUAAAUUUGGUGGUGUGAAUCAAAAUCAUUUCACAGGAGAAAUCAAGUAUCUUCCAGUAACACAGAAGAAAUAUUGGCAAGUGGAAUUCGGUGGAAUAGAAAUCAAUGGCAACACCACAACUGGAGGUGCUUCGCAAGCUAUCAUUGAUACUGGCACUACUUUGACUGUUCUUCCUCCUGCUUUAUCCAAGGCAUUCCAUGAUGCUAUCCCUGGUGCGACAUUUAGUCGAUUAUAUGGAUGGCAAGUUCCAUGCAAAUUACAAAAUGGUGGUACUAUUACUUUCAAGUUGGGUGGUCAAGAUUUCCCUGUGCCUCUUGGUGAUAUGAUUCGUGAACGAUCUACUCCCAAUAAUCCCUCUCUCUGUUUUUCCGGUGUGGCCGAAGCAAAUUCCCCUUUGAUCAUCAUGGGCGACACCUUUUUACGUAACUAUUAUUCGGUGUAUGAUUUCAAGAAUGCUCAAGUUGGUUUGGCCCCAUCAAAAGCUUAGAUGAUUAGUUGAUAAUAUAGUAUAGAUAUUUGUAUGUGUAUUUGAAUCAAAAAAAAAAAAAUGUUAAU